AUUUUUAGUUGUUUUGUGACAUUUUGUGUAUUGAAGUGUGGAAUUGGUUAAAAAAUCGACGACUUUGUGAUAAUCCACAUUUAAGGAGAGUUUCAUUAUCGAAAAGACAUUUUACGAAGACCCUGUCACUGGUCGUGUAAAAAGCAAAGCCAAAAGUGAAACCAGUGGCAUAAUGGUCCUUCUUACAAGUGAACAAACUGCUAUGAAGAAAAACAAAAAGAUGAUGGCGAGUUUCAUCCUGGGUGUAUGCCUGCUGGUUGUGGACAUCAUCAUCAUGUCGACGGACCCCAUUUUAUUUUUGCUACAGCUGAACAUGCGAGUGUACAACGGUUCAGCGGUGGAAGGUUUCCUGAGCAAGCCGAUCGAAGGCGUCCACAUAUCGGCGUAUCUCUUCAAUAUUACCAACGCCGAGGAGUUCAUGUCUGGUGAACACCAGAAACUGAAGGUGGAGGAAGUUGGGCCUUUUACUUAUCUCGAGACCCGUUACAACGACGACCUGCAGAUAGACGAAGCAGCCGGCGUGAUCCGGUACGCGCCACGACCGGAGGUGACCUUCAUGCCAGAGCUGUCAGUCGCUGACCCCAAGUUGGUCAACGUCACAAUGCCGAACCUCCCUAUGCUGGGCAUAUCCUCGAUGGUGAGCUCAUACCCGUACUUCACGCGCGUGGCGUUCAAGCUGCUGGCUGGACAACUGCACACCAGGCCUGUGGUGACCACCGACGCCAGCACCUACCUCUGGGGCUACCCUGAUCCCCUGGUCACACUCGCACACACGGUCAUACCAGGAUUCAUCAACUUCGACAAGCUUGGCAUUUUGGAUCGAUUGUAUGACAAGCAGACGCAAAACCGUUUGGAAGUAAGCGCCACAGAUAAAGACAAAUUUAUGAUUAAGUCAAGAAACGGAAAUAAAAAACUUGCCAUGGGAAAUUUAGAAAUUGCUGAUAACUGUGAAAUCUGCGACGAUUUUGAGAAUGCAUUUGAAGGCGUGGGUUACCCAUCCCCCAUGACUCCUGAGACACCUUUAAGGAUCUUCAGGAACGGACUCUGCAGGCUUCUUGAUAUGACUUUCGAUAAGAAAAUAGUCCUGGAUAAUGGAGCCGAUGGACUGGUCUUCAAUCUUAGCGACAGCUUCUAUACCCUAGAUAAAAAUAACACCAAAAACCGAGUGUUGGAUUUAAGCGCUUGUUUUUACGGUCUACCCGUAGCCUUGACCAAGGUAAAAUUUCUGGAUCUGGGUCCAGAGAUGUACGAUCGUAUCGAGGGAAUAACACCAGACCCAACGAUGAAUUGCUACCUUAUUAUUGAGCCCAAAAUCGCAAUGGAGCUGGAGACCUACUUUCCGGUACAGAUGAACUUGCAGUUGAAGGACCUGAGCUUCCACCACGAGGCCGGCAAGUUCUCCAACAUGCUGGUGCCCAUUGGAUACGUGGAAAUCAAUCAACCACCACUUCCGGACGACUCAAACUAUGCCUUAUAUCUUAUCUACAUAGUGGGACCAGCGGUACUCACCACAAUAAAAGUUCUUAUUAUCGUUAUCUCAGUGAUACUAAUGGUCUAUCCAAUAGCCGUGUACAUGUCACAGCAAUAUAAAAAUAACGUUAUAACGUACCCUUUAACCAGUGUAGUGAAACAAAAUGUGAUAAGUGUGCAAGAACCUUUGAUGGAAACGAAACAAAACACUGGGUUCGCUGGGUUUUAGUGAUUGUGAUAGAAUUUUCAAAGGAAAAUCUUGCCGGAGAAUUUGUAUAGAACUACGUACAGUAAGGAUACUGUACUUCCUACCACUGAAACUGGAUACCACAAGAGUGCUGGAAGCUAAUGUACGCCGCUAAGAGCUCAAAGCUUUGGUUGUCUUGCUUAUUGUCAGCUUAUAGAGAAAACUGCGUAAGCGCCUUUUUGGAAAAUCACAUUCUGAUGUGAUUAUUUUCAACAAAAAGAUGUGUUGCUGUUGCAGUUUCUUGUCAUUUCUUCUCCUCAGCCACACAUCAACAUCUUGCGAAAUGACGUAAAUUCAAAAAUGUUACCUUCAACAAGUUUAUCCAUUAUAAUUACGUUGGAUAAAUGAUUCUGAUUACUGAUUUCUGAUUUCAAAACCUCGAAUUCCUUCAAUUCAUUUCAAUCUGACAAAAAAUUGAGACCACAAUUUUUUAUCUGGUUUGAGCCUAGCGUGUCUAUUGCGAGGUUUUGUUAACAAAAACCACUUUCGAAUUUCGAAAAGGCGCUUGGACGUGGAUUAUGUACCAAAGUGUUUAUGCGUUAAAUUAAAUAAGAAUAAUCGACAGAAAUUUAUAAAACACAAGACAAUUUUAGGCAGAAAUUUAAAAAAUCCUUCCAAAAUGUUAUACGUAUUGACCGACAGAAUUAUAACUCGACAGAAUUAAGUUGACAGCACACAUCAAACGGGUUGCAUAUGAGCGAGAUGCCUAUUGUAUUCACCCGGGUUAUUCUUAAAAAAAAAACACACAUCUCUGUCGGUUUUUACGACAUGCCCUUGAGUUUAGCAGCUAAACGAUUUUUUCUUUUAAUCGAUCCCAGUCCAGGAACGAUGCAAUAAUAAAUAAUAUACAGGCUGUGAGUAGUUAAAUGCCAUAUCCAGUAAAUCGACAAACAAAAAAUGUCUUACACCCUGUAUAUUACUAACAUUGUUAAAUAGUGUUAGCCGCUGAGCAAUUUUGUGAUAUGAAUUCUUAGUUGUUUUUAAGUUCUAGCUCAAGAUACAAAGUGAUAAUAGUUUUAAUGAACACCUGCCUGUAGGUAUAUUUUUGU